CCAUCUUCAUCAUCUCCCAUCAAGAUGUAUACACUCUACAUUUAUCUUUCUCUUCUCCUCUCAAUUCUCUAUAUCACAACUCUGUAUAUUCUACACAAGCUCCAAAAUCUCCCUCCAACACCGUUUCCAUCUCUACCGUUCAUAGGCCAUCUCUACCUUCUCAAGAAGCCUUUCCACCGCUCCCUAACUGAGCUCUCCAAACGCUAUGGUCCCAUAAUCUUCCUCCACUUCGGGUCCCGCCCAGUCAUUCUCGUUUCGUCUCCUUCUCUUGCAGAAGAAUGCUUAACCAAAAACGACAUAAUUUUCGCAAACCGCCCUUCUCUCCUCAACGGGAAACACUUCGGCUACAACUACACCAGCCUCCCGUGGUGCCCAUACGGUGAUCAUUGGAGAAAUCUCCGAAGAAUCGCUUCUCUUGAUCUGCUAUCCUCACACAGAAUACAGAUGAUGUCACAGAUACGGGGCGAUGAAAUCCGAAUCUUGAUCCGAAAACUACUUUCUCUAGCCGGAGAAAAUCCUGGUGGAGCGGUGUACGUGAAAGAAGCCCUGUUUGAGUUCACCUUCAAUGUCAUGACGAGGAUGGUUUGUGGGAGGAGGUUUUUCGGGGAGAGUGUUGAGAGAUCGAAAGAGGCGGAGGAUUUUAAGGAUGUAAUAAAUGAGAUUUCGAAGGUUGUCCCCGAUGCGCAGGUUCUUGAUUUUCUACCUUUCAUGAAAUGGUUUCGAUUUCGAGACACGGAAACGAAGAUGGCGGUGAUACAACAGAAACGUGACAGGUUUAUGCAGAAUAUCUUAGAACAGCAUCGUGGGCUGGAUAUUGAUUCCUCCUAUGCUGCAGCUAGAGAGAAGAAAACCAUAGCAGAAAUUUUACUUGAGAAGCAAAAAGAGGAACCGGCUUAUUACACAGAUGAAAUGAUCAGAAAUCUUCUAUUGGUUCUGAUUCAAGCAGGGUCCGAUACGACGUCGAAUACACUGGAGUGGGCAUUUUCACUUCUUCUCGAAAACCCUAGGGCUUUAGAAAGAUCCCAAAUUGAAAUCGACGAUCUCGUGGGUGAUAACAAACGUCUGAUUGAUGAAUCGGAUUUGGGCAAACUCCCGUACCUCCACCGCGUCAUCUACGAAACCCUGCGGCUGCAGCCCGCCGCGCCGCUGCUAAUGCCGCACAAAUCAUCGGCGGAUUGCGAAAUCGGGGGCUACUGCGUUCCAGGUGGAACGAUGCUAUUGGUGAACGCGUGGGGAAUUCAGCGUGAUCCUAGGGUUUGGGAGGAGCCGGAGAAGUUCAAACCGGAGAGAUUUGAAGACUCUGAAGGCGGGAAGAGUGUCAUCGGGUGCAGCAGGUGGCUGGCGUUUGGAUCGGGGAGGAGGGCGUGCCCCGGCGAGAACAUGGCGGUGCGAGUGGUGGCGCUGGCUUUGGGGACGCUGAUACAGUGCUUCGAUUGGGAGAAGAUUAGCGCAAUUGACAUGAGUGAAGGCACUGGGCUUACGGCGCCGAAGGUUGAACCGUUGACUGCAAAAUGCAGUCAACGCCCGGAAAUUGCGGAUCUUCUUUCUCAAAUUUAGAGCGGUACGAGUGUUGAUUUUGUUAAGUUUGAUGCUCAGCUUUUGGAUUACCAUUUAUUUAUUACUUUUAUAGUUUUUUAUUCACAUGAUUUAAUGUAUAUUACUAUAUUUAGUUCCUAGUAGAAUAAAUCAUACGGUCACAUCACCGAGAUAAGAUUGAAUUACGAAGUCUCUUUUAUUUGCGUAAUUAUAAGAACUCGUUAACUAUGUAU